GUGAAUAGCCUUGUACCAUGUGACCUCUGUGAUCAUUCACAGAUUUCACAAGUAGUAAGCAAUGAUGUCACAAGUGACAUCUUGCUUACUACUUUGCAUGUGAUCACUGAUUGGCCAAUCAGUGAUCACAUGUCAAUUGUAUGCAAUGGAUGGCUUCCUGUCAUGCCAUCCAUUGUAUACAAUUAUGUUGUUAGCUGUGAUUGGUCAAGGCAGUCACAUGAUACAGACAGGGCCAAUCACAGCACAUCUGUAUGAUGUGAUCAGCUUUGUCCAAUCACAGCUAA